AUGGACGACUCGAACGGAAUGGGCCCGAGCUCCGCCAGUGCCAGUGCUAGUGCCAGUACCGCUGCUCCAGGCGCUGUCGGUGCCCCCGUCCCCCAAGACGCUGCUGCUGCUCCAGAGAUGGUCCUCCAGCCCAACGCAUCCUCGCGCUCUUCGCUCACGCCCAGUCCCUCGGCUCCGGCUCCUCAGGCCGCUGCUGCUGCUGCUGCUGGACUCGGCGACCAUCACUCUUCUCCUGCUUCUUCCGCCUCGUCUUCCACCACCAACACACACACUCACUCCAACACCACGACCGGCUCUUCCCCGCUCUACUGGUCCUCUUUCCGUCCUGGCUCCGGGGCUUCCGCGGCUGCCCCAGGCUCCUCUGCCGGCGUUUCUGCGAGCUCGCCGGGCGCGACGCAGGCUCCCGCUGCUUCGAACGCGGCCACGCCGUCCGUCGCCAAUGGCCCGUGGUCCAGGUCCGGGCGUGUCGGCUUUCGUUCGCGCUCCAACACGAUUCCAUGGAACCCUCGGCUUUUGCGACCCAUGGCGUCGCCUCUGACCGCCGUUUCCCUCCGCCAGUCGUCGCCUUCGACGCCAACGUCGCUGCUGCCCUCGCUCGCCGGUCCUCCCUCGGCCGCGUCCUCGCUGCUUCACAGCAAUAAUUCACUUUUCUCGGACUCGCUCGCCCCGACGGGCUUCUUCGACUCUGCCAUGGCUUCGGCCGCUCCCGCCUCCGUGCUCCAGACGGGCUUUGAGUCCUUUGUCCUCGACAAGAGCACCGACAUCUGGUCCCGCGAGUAUGUGCCCCGCGGUGCAUCCUUUGCCUCGACUGCUGCUGGUUCGGACGUUGUUUCUGCAGCCGCUGCUGCUAGCAGCGGCGGCAGCAACAACGGUGUCAGCAGCGGCAGGCGUCCUCAUGCGUCGAGCAUCUCCGAGAGCCUGCUUUCGUAUUUGAACGGCGCGAGCGGCGCCAACCCCAAUCUGCCGUUGGACUCGGUCGACCCUUCGUCCUCCGCCGCUGCUCUCGUGAGUCUCUCGCAGACCCACACCGGAAACGGUUCGGGCAGCGGAAACAGCAACAGCGGUAAUGACUAUGGUGCUUCGCUGCUUGGUGCGACAUCGACUGCUGCUCCGUUUGCUCUCCCCGACCUGACUUCCUCGGCGUCUGCGGGCAACCCGGUCGCUGCGGCUGCCGGCGGCUCCCACAGCUCGCUGUCGUCGCUUUCAACGUCCAACUUGCGCUCGUCGCUCGCGGCUGCCGCGAAUUCGACCUCGUCCGCUUCGGGAAUGGCAGCGCCCAAACAAAAACUGACUUCCUUUGGCCCCUCGUUUUCGUCGUACGGUGGGAACGGUGGUGCGGCAGGCUUUGCUGAUCCAAACGCGGCUGCCCAUUUGGCCACGGCUCGUUUGAACGGCAGUGCUGGCAUGAGCAGCAACAAUCAUGCUCGUGCUUCGCGUCGCCGUUCACAGUCUUUGUCUGCCAUGCGCAAAACGAAUGCCAAUAAUGGAAUGGGACACAGCAUUUCGAGCGGCUUUUACACUUCCAACUUCUUGCCCUUCAACCACGCAGCAACGAUAUCCGAGAAGCCUCUGGGCCACAAGCGCAACUGCUCAGUUGAUCGUAUGUCUUCAGCUUCGUCGUCCACCACCGGGGCCACGACUCCUCUGGCUACGGCAGCGCCGUCGAGCAACAGCAAUCCUUUGACUGCACCCACCGCCGCUGCCACUGCUGCUGCUACUACGCCUUCUUCCAACGCCGAGAGUUCAAAUCCCAGCGCGCGAACCAGCACCGAGUCUGCCGGUAGCGGCUGGUCUGGCAUUGGAGAUGCAACCAUUGAAAAUCUUACACAGGCCGAACCCACCCAUGCUCUUUGGGUUGGCAACUUGCCUGCUGGCAUUUCAUCCACAACCGUUGGAGCUGCAUUCGCUCCUUAUGGCAACAUCUCUAAUGUGCGGAUGCUUUCGCACAAACAUUCGGCCUUCAUCAAUUUUGACACCGUGCAGAAUGCUAAGCAUGCUCUUGAAGAGCUCAACGGCCGAACGCUCUUUAGUGAGUCUGAUCCUGUGUGCAUUGGCUUUGCCAAGGUGGCGUCAGCGCCUUCGGAAAACGUGCACGUUUCACUCGAGAGCAUAAACAAGGCGUUCUCCAACGUGUCGCUUGUGCCAUCGCUGAGUGAAGUGCGCAACGACAUUCUGUCCGUUGUGCGCGACUUUGGCUAUUCGCAGCUCAGCGACUGCGUUCAGAUGCUUGACAAGGCCUGCAAGCUCGUCGACUUUGCAGCCCAAAUCCCUUCCGUGUCUAAGGCGUUCAGCAGUCGUCGGUUAAAUGCACCUAAACUGCGCCAGGUGCGUAAGCGCAUCGACAAUGGUCUUUGCACGCAAGAGGAAGUGGAAGACAUAGCCAUCAGUUGGCUCGACGAGGUGUCUGAUCUCUCGAGUGACCAUUUGGGAAACACUGUUGUGCAGAAGCUUUUUGACUACUGCUCGGAUCCCGUAAAGGAAAUGAUGCUCGAACGCAUUGCCCCUCACCUUGCCCAGAUCGGUAUUCACAAAAACGGAACUUGGGCCGCUCAAAAAAUUGUCGAUGUUGCUUCGACUGAGAAGCAAAUGCUUCUCAUUGCCGAGCACGUUCAACCCUACAUUCCUCUGCUGUUUGCAGACCCUUUUGGAAAUUAUGUUGUGCAAGCAUGUUUAAAAUUUAAACCUCCUAUGAAUGAUUUUGUUUUUGAAACAAUAAUGUCACAGUUCUGGGUUAUUGCGCAAAGCCGCUACGGCUCCCGAGCCGUUCGGGCGUGCCUCGACAGCAAAGACGCUUCGUCCACUCAUCGUGCUCUUGUGUCAGCCACGAUAGUUGUGUACGCCGACCAUCUGGCGAUGAAUGGUAACGGCACUCUUCUGCUUAAUUACCUUUUAGAGAACAAGCCCCUUCCUAACGUUCCCAACCUGCUUGCGUCGCGUUUUGUGCAAGACAUUGUGCGUAUGUGUACACACCGCCUUGCUUCAACAACCCUGCUCAAGGUUAUCGCGCACGCUCAGGAGGACAGUCAAGCUGGAUCCAUCAUCGUGCGUGCGUUGUUGCAACACAAUGCAAAAGGAUUGCCUCUCGAACGAGUCAUGGCAGACCAGUCGUAUGGACCAGCGUUCCUGCUCAAGCUGUUGAUGUCCGACAACUUGCCUGAAAGUGACCGUAUGAUAUUGUUCGCGGCUAUUCGCGAACAAUUCCAGUUCCAAAAAGAGCAUAUGUCUUCUGAGGCGAAGAAGCUAUUUGAGUACUGCUGUUCUGCCGGCUCGGGUAGUUCGGAACCUUAG